AUGCCCGCUACAAAAGCCACCACAACUGCUGCCAGCACCGCCUGUAUCGGUAACAUCUACGAGCUCCCCAAUGUGACCGACGCAGCCUGCGGCGGCCCCGUCACCGGCAACAUGACCUCCGCCUUCGACUCCUGCUGCAAGGGCAACAGCCCCGUCCAAUACGACAACGACUGCGGCAUCUACUGUCUAGCGCAAGAGCAGACUGUCGGCGAACUGACCACGUGCCUCGAGCAAAAGAGCGGCACCAACUCCAUCUUCUGCAACCAGCGCAGCAACGCGACGGCCACGGCUGCGGCUACGACCAAGGCCACUAGCACUGGCACUUCGACCAGCACCGGGUCUGCCCACACCAGCUCCGGCGCGGCUGUGGCCAACCAGCCUGUGUCAAAGACGGGCCUGGGGGUGAUCGCGAUGCUUUUCUGCUCGGCAUUGAUGAGCAUGGUUGCGUAG